CGAAGGGAGUGGGGGAUGGGGGUGUCGGGUCCGUCUUUCCCCUGCCGUGUCCCCUUUUCUCAGCUCGGCGCAGACGCCAUGUUGGCUUGAAAGGAAGAUGACAAGAGGCGGCUGCAGGAGUAGCGGUGACGACGGCAGCGGCGGUGGGCAGCGGCGAAGAAGGGUCCCGGGGAGCGGCUCGCGUUGAGGAGAAGCUCUUUCGCCUUCUCCCCGCCCUCGCGUCUUCCCCUCCUCCCGUCCCCUCUCGGGGAGACGAGGAAAGGGCGAGCAGCCCCGCCGCGUCAGCUGUGGGGGGUUGCCGUUAACCGUCUGCUGCUGAGGGAGCCCCUGAAGGAGGAGGGAGAAGAAGAGGCGGAGGAAGGGAACUGGCGGAACAGGAGCCGGCGGCGGCGGCGGCGGCGGCGAUGAGAGCUGAGACCUGAGGAAGGCGAGGCGGAGGGGGCGGCGAGCGCUGCUCCUGCUAGCGACGACUGCAGUUUAAAUCCCCCCUUGAGCUGCUGCUGCUGCUGCUGCUGCAGUUUGAGGGGGGAGGGUGUUAUUUCUUUUCCCUCCCUCUUUUCCUGCUCGCUUUUAGGGUGUGUGUGUGUGUCUCUUUUUAAGGCUAAAUGUUAUAAAACGUACAAGAAGGACCUGUGAGAGGACGAGGACCCCCUCCCUCCGGCCCCUUCCGCACGUCUCUCCAGUCUCCUCAUCCCCUCUUGUACUUCGUGAAAAUUGGUGGGAGAACAAAACAACCCCUCGGACAACUUCGGCCCCAGAGAAAGAGGAAGGUCCCCUUAGUUCCCUGCUUGAGUGCCUGUCCCCUUUUUUUUUUUUUAAUGAGGAGGUGACUCGGACGCAGAACUAUCCUCUGAAUCAUCUUCGUCAUUCAUUAUUGGUCUAGGCUGGAGAGGAAGACCGAAAGAAGAGAGAGAGAAAAAGCUCCUACACAAUCCAUGCCCUUGUAUAUUUCUACCUGGCACCACUGGUGUUGGUGCUGCUGCUGCUGACAAAGAUCUGCUGCCAUCUCUGGUUUCUCUGGCGUUUCCUCUUUGAUCAAGCUUUUUCUUAAAAAAAAAAAAAAACCCACACCAGUUCCUCUUGGAUUCCCCCGGCCCCAGCCCACAAUUUCCUUGCUGCAGGUGAAACUUUUAUUGGAGGAAAAGAAAGCUCAGAACUUAACAAGACACACACCAAAGAUUGGUUAGCUGGAAGAUCUUUUAUUUUUGCUGUAUGCUCUUGGCUGGCUUUUAAAUUUUUUCUUCUGUGUUUCUGAAACCAUCGGGGUAAUAUCAAGAUGUCCAGCAGUGUUCCAUCUGAUAUGAUAAAUUUGCGCCUCAUUUUGGUAAGUGGAAAAACAAAGGAGUUCUUGUUCUCGCCAAAUGAUUCCGCGGCAGAUAUUGCAAAACAUGUAUAUGAUAACUGGCCAAUGGACUGGGAAGAAGAGCAAGUGAGCAGUCCAAAUAUUCUCAGACUUAUUUAUCAAGGACGGUUUCUUCAUGGCAACGUGACACUAGGAGCUUUAAAACUUCCUUUUGGCAAGACGACAGUGAUGCAUUUGGUGGCUAGAGAGACAUUGCCAGAGCCAAACUCUCAAGGUCAGAGAAACCGUGAAAAAACUGGAGAGAGCAAUUGCUGCGUGAUCCUGUAAAAGCUCUGCUGUAUCUGCUACUUGUGAUGUAGAAUAGUUUUUGUCUUUCAUGCCGCUGGACUAGAGGAGACCAACAUCGUUUCAAACACCCUUCGGAAGAGCCUAUCUGUGAAUCCAUUGAACUGAAAUAUUACAUGAACACUGUCACUUUUUUUUCUGUCGAACAAGGAACACUUUUUUAUUUCUCCUUUUUAGGUUGUUGAACAAGCUUAUUAAUACAUCUCCAAUACAUUCUGACUCCAAGAAAAGGUUAACUAUUCUCUUCAACAGGAAUCAUUUUGCUGCCAUAUAAUCAUCCUUAACCUGAACUUUAACCAAUCAAGAUUUCUAGAUGCAAUUUGCACUAAAAAUGGUUGACAAUAUAUAGACCUCAUCAACAAAAAACUCUUUUAAGUAUUUCAAAAACAGAGAAAUGAAUCAGCACUGGAAAACACUAUCAGCAGUCUUUUUUCCUUAAAAAAUGGCCAACCUGAAAGCGGAAAAAUAACUACUAAGUAAAUUCUACCUAAGUCAGCCUUGGUGGCCAAACUGGCACAAAAUACUAACUAAAAUUGUCUGACAAUAGACAUAUAUAUAUCUAUAUAUAUUUUCACUGCAACAAACUAUGUGCCUGUAAUUUUAAAGCACUCUGCAGAGGGCUGUUGAAACUGAUUUUUUUUUCCAUUGACAUGCACUCUUCUCUCAUACAUUAGUCGAGUGCUUGUUCAGACAGCACAAAUAAGUGCAGAGAGUGCAUUUCCUAGCCUUAAUAUGGGAGGGGUAAUUUCCUGUAGUUCAUAGGCUUUUAUUAAUGUGCAUAAAUAUUAGAAGACCUCAUUUACUAAUCAAUUUUAUGUCUUUGAAUAUCAACAAUUGAUGUUUUUCAAUCAUUCUUAUACAUCUGUACCUUAGUGUCCAGUGUCAUGCAUACUCAUUAGUGACUUCAAAGGAAUAAUUAAAAGAAAAAGGCGAAAAAAGUAGAAAACCUCUGCCAUAUGAUGAGUUUUUGUUUGUUUUAUGUUAGCUGCAUUUGGUAUUAGUGCUUGCAAUUGUAUUGGAAAUCAAAAGCUGGUUUUUAAAAGCAUACAUAGUUACAUGCAAUGCCAUUCUUUUACUUUAUAUAAUUUAAAAAAAUUAUAUUCUAAAAAUUUUUUUGCACAGCACUAAAGCAUGAGUUAGUUUCAUCUAAAUCUGUAAAAAAAUAUAAAAGAUUUUAUAUUUUUUUCCACUAGGGAGAAAUUCUUCCUAGUUGAAAUUACAAAUGUGUAGAAUAUAUUUAAUAAAAAUCUUAUAAAAACAUGACUAUAGAACUUAAAUAUAGAUUGGCGUGUAGAAUAAUACAACAAUAAUCCAUAUAAAUAGCUCUAGGCUUUAAAAAUGCAGGUUGACAUUGUGUUCUGUACUUGAGUCCAUGGCCCUUACAAAUGUUCCGUGUUUUUUGAAUGAUCAACUUCAUUUAAAUGUAAUCAGGUUAUUUUAUUCAAUGUUCUUGCUUUGACAAAAUGCUUUAUAUGCAGUAGGCCUACAAAGAUAUUGUUCAUAAUGAUCAAAAUUAAAUUUGUAUAGAGCAAAGUUUUAAAACAAAAUUGUAAAUAGCACUAAACAUUUUCUUUCUGCAACCUGUACUGAUAGAUUCUUCUGUAAACUAAAUAAAAGAAGAAUAUUGUA